GACGGGGCAUUAUGUGGACGAGUACCAGCUGGUACCACGGGCUCCUCAUCCUCCUCUGGGACUUCAUUUGUUUAGUGCGUCUCAAAUCAGGACAUGGAACUGAAAUCGAAGAGCAAACCUGCGAACGUUCUCCUCGGAUGCGUCGCCGUCGUCGUCGUCUGCUUUUGUACAGUUUGUCCGGCUGAAAGACUCUGCACGGUUCCUCCGGGCCCCGUGGCGGUCCCAGAAAACAACACGGCCGACAUCCAGGUGGUAAAAAUCCUCUCCGGUAGUGAUGUGAUGCUGACGGUCACCGUGAACCCUGAAGACCUGUUCUACCUGAAAGGGAACGCCCUGAUGGUAAAGAAAGGACUCGACUAUGAGUCGUUCCACAGUGCAGCUCUGGUGGUGUGGGUGCAGUGCAGCAGAGAUGGCUCCAAAUCUGUGAGCGAGUCUGUUGAAGUUCUGGUUGAAAACGUGAACGAUAACCCUCCAAAUUUUGCACAAAGCCACUACGUACUGGAAGUGAAUGAGCUCCUUCCUGUCAACUCCAGCGUGGGACUGAUAGAAGCAUCGGAUAUUGAUUCAGAGCCGCUGUAUUAUCGCUUAGAGCCUGCAACAGACAAAUAUUUCCGCCUAGAAAACAUCAACACUCCAAAGAUAAUUGUAAAAAGCAUCCUGGACUACGAUGUUGUUCAGAAGAUCUCUCUGGUUCUCCACGUGCAGGACACGCUGGAGGGUUCGGCCUCCGACGAGCCCUUCUUCACAUCCGUGGCCACCAUCACGGUGCACGUCAAGGACGUUGACAACCGGCCUCCGUGGUUUCAGCCUUGUUUGAGGACCAACUUGGGAAUCGCCAAACUGUGUGUGAGCACCGGCUACAGAGGCAAAGUCAACCUCACCGAGAAGGAGGACGGGCCGUUGGUGCUGGAGCCCGGUCCAGUGUUCGCCAAGGACGGAGACAAGAACCGGAGCGAGCAGAUCAGCUACAGAAUCCUCAGAGGGAAUGAGGGAAAUAUUUUCCAGAUUGAUGAGGAAACAGGAAACAUCUCCAUGGCUAAGGCUGCUGAUAUUGUCGGCCCAAUAACUCUCACUGUUCUGGCGUCACAGGUGACCAACAGGGAUCAGUUUGCGGUGACGCAGGUGACCAUCAACGUGAUGAAGAAGAGCAGGAACCCUCCUCGCUUUGAGAGGGAGCGAUACGAAGGAUUUAUCUACAGCAACUCGAUCCCUGAGAGCAUGAUCCUCCGAGACCGAAGCACCAACCGGCCCUUCAGGGUCCGAGCUCAGGACGAGGACUUCGCCGCUGGUGCGAAUCCAGAUGUGAAGUAUGAGGUCCAGUACAGCAGCUACGUCAACGUCACCUCGGACGGUUUUGUGAUCCUGAAGAGAGUCGUUAAGACGGAGUCCUUCGCGCUUCAGCUCAGAGCCGUGGACACGACAACGGGGGAGUUUGGAACAGCUGCCCUCUCUGUUCAGGUCAUACCAGCCGUGGCCACCCCGUCCCCCUCAAACGUCGGCUACCGUCCGGGCGACAUGGCGCUUCUGGGUCUGGUCAUGGCGGCCCUGCUGGUCCUCUGCCUCAUUGUGAUUGGCUUCUUGAUUUCCCGCUUGUGGAAGGGAAAUGCCAGCGUGGACAAAAUAUGUGAGUGCCUGGGCCCCUGCCUGAAGUCGGACCAGCCGCGGCCCGGCCACAGGGACUCCCUGCAGUAUACCAACGACGGCUUCCAGAACGAGGGCGACCCGAGCCGCGGGGGUGGCAGACGCUGGACCAACGUUCUCCCCAGACGGAGCACCUUCCCCCAGGCACGAGGCCGGGUCAUCCCCAUGGAGAGACGGAGCCGCCACUGCUCCUCCUGCGGCGUCUACACCAACCACGUCCCCAAGGGGAGCCCCUCGGUGAGGCCGUCCCGCAGGGGGAGAGGCGACGGGGACGAGUACAGCCGGAGGUCCAUCCUGGCCAAGCAGAGGAGGAAAGAGGGCCAGAAGACGGUGUGGUUCAAGGAGAUCGAGGACUCGUCUGACAUCGAGGUGGAGAUUAUCCCGGACACUGUAGGCCGGGUGGAGGAGGAGACGGAGGAGGAGCUGGAUAUGGAGGGGGUUGUCAGAGACCCGGCGGCCCCGCUGAGAGAGCCCGACGGCGGGCAGGAGAGCCAGAGCGCGGAGCCUAGUGAGGAGCGGGACCGUGGGAAUACCAGCUCAGAAAAAGAGAAGGGAGGCCAGGAGCAGGAGGGCUGACAGCAGGGGGGGUCACAGGGGAAACUCCGGUCGGAGAAUGAAACUGAGCUUUGUUUUCUUGUCACUUUUUUUGGAGACGCCAGCCUUCAGCAGGGAGGUCCCAGCAGACCAGGAUGACUGGCUAACUGCCCAAACCUCAAGAAUACAUUCAAGGAUCCAAAACGUAUUUACUUUCUACUGUGAGUAUCUUCAGAAGACUAGUGUCCAAGGUAAUAACUUCAUACAAUAUUUCAAAACAUAAACCUGUCCAACGCAUUCUCAUGAACGGGUUUGUAUAUCGCACAAACACUUAUGCACAACAAUUCGUAUAAUAUCCUACGAAAUUAGGGUAAAGGCCGGUCACAUGACCACCUGUUAAGUUUAGUGGUCUUUACAGUUACAUUCAGCUGAGAAAAGGUGACUAUCAUGCAGCGACGAGAGUUGACUUUGAGUUGAGACACCAAAACGGCUAGUUAAGAUUAGAAAAAAAAGAUUGUAGUUUGGAUUAAAAUGCCAGCCCCCUUAAAGGGAUACGCCAGCGUUUGUUGAAAUAGGGCUUAUUUUUAUUUAUUUUUUAAAUAGGGCUUAUCACGGUC